UCCCAUUCUUGCUCUCUCUCUCUCUCUCUCUCUCUCUCUCCUCAGAGGAGAUCGAGAAGAGUCGUUCAUGCGCUUCUUCUUCUUCUUCUUCUUCUUCGGUCCACAGCUCCUUUGCGCCGUACAAAACCGCGGAUUUUGGUAGCUUCUUGGGGACGCAGAUCGCUGCAUUUCUAGGGUUUCGCUCCUCCACCGCUUAACCCAAUUGUGUGUUGUUACGAAUCGGAGGAAAAGGAGCUCCCUUUGGUUCGAUUCUUCUCUAUCUCAAUCCCUAAAUCCCUUUCGAUUUUCCCUUUUUUUUGCAUUUUUUUCUUGGUUUUUUAGCUUGGGUUUUGAUCUCGUCGACAUUUGCUUGAUUUUGCUGGAAAAAACCCAUCUUUCGUUGAUUCCCCCCCUCAUUUGCUAGGGUUUGUGCGUUUCCUAGAAAAAAAAAAAGAGCAUCUUUUCUUGUUGUUAGUGGGAUUUGGAUCUCAGUUUCAUAGUUUUGUUUUUGAGAUCCUGCUAGAAUUUGGUGCUGUGAAGGGAAUUAGGCCUCUAGGGUUUGUAAUGAUGAACAAGGACAAGUCCCCUGUGCAAGGCGGCGGAGCUGGGGCCCACUACGCUGCCUACGGCUCGCCAUCGGGCGGUUUCGCGCCAAUGGCGGAUCCCUCGCCGCCGUCGUCGUCGUCGUCGGCCCACGCAGGCCACGACGAGGCCGGGCGGUAUAGCCACGAUAUCAGCCGGAUGCCCGAUUUCCCCCCGAGGAACCGCGGGCACCGCAGGGCGCAGUCGGAGAUCCUCAGCCUCCCCGAUGACAUCACUUUCGACAGCGACCUCGGGUUCGUCGGCUCCCACGACGGGCCCUCGCUGUCGGACGAGAACGAUGACGAGCUCUUCUCCAUGUUCAUUGAUGUCGAGAAGUUGAACUUUGCCACCUCGGAGGGCGAGUCGUCGGGAAAUGUGGUAGCUCCUCAUCUUCCUACUACUACUGCCGCCGCCGCAAGUGGUGCUGUUGCCGCUUGGCCUUCAGAAGCCGAGAGCUCGGCUGCGGGUUCGAGAGAAAGACCGCGGCCGAGGCACCAGCACAGCCAGUCCAUGGAUGGGUCCACUUCGAUUAAGCCCGAGUUGUUGGGGUCGAGCGGGGAAGGGCCGUUGCUGCCAGACGCGAAGAAGGCCAUGUCUGCCGCAAAGCUCGCCGACCUCGCCCUUGUCGACCCGAAGAGGGCAAAAAGGAUUUGGGCCAAUAGACAAUCAGCUGCACGAUCGAAGGAGAGGAAACUGCGUUAUAUUGCGGAACUCGAACGAAAAGUGCAAGCUCUGCAAACAGAAGCAACUACAUUGUCAGCUCAGUUGACAUUGUUACAGAGAGACACCACUGGGUUGACUGCUGAAAAUAACGAGCUGAAGUUGCGUCUACAAACCAUGGAACAACAGGUUCACUUGCAGGAUGCUCUGAACGACGCCUUGAGAGAUGAGGUCCAGCGCCUGAAGCAUGCAACGGGCCAGAUGCCGAAUGGAGGAGCCGCAGCAAUGAUGAACUUCGCGCCUCCGCACUCGUUCGGCACAUCCCAACAAUUCUACCACCACAACCAAGCGAUGCAGUCGAUCCUCACUGCCCGCCAACUUCAACAACUGCAGAUCCACUCUCAACACCAGCAACCGCCACCUCUUCAGCACCCUCCUCAGCAUCUCCAUCUCCAAGAUCCGCUCGCCAACCCUAGAAUGAAGGGAUCGUCGUCGUCGUCAUCGUCUUCUCUCAGCCAAAGGGCUGAAGGAAAAUCAGAUAGUAACAGCACCUAAAUCAGUAAAGAAAGGUAAUGAGUCAUAGAUGGCGGGAAAAAGGAAAAAUAUUCCAAUCUGUAGAUCUUUGGACCGGUUAAAUUAUAUAGGCGCCACUAAUUCUAGGGUUUUAUCAUGUUUAAUUAGUUGUUUUUUGACGGUAUUUUCGCGUUUUUCGAUCGGCAUCGUAGUUUUGUUUCCUUUUAACUCUGAAUUUGUUUGUUGUUUUCAUUAGUUGUUAGCUGUUUUGUAGUCAAUGUAUGGACUCGUACGUCGAUUAAAUAUCAGUGCUGAUGCUUUCAUGUUGUUGUUAUUGA